ACCUCACCCAACCGUAAAGCGCACUAAACGAGCCGCUUCACCCGUUAGCUCUGCAUUCCUCCCAUUCCUCCCUUCUGAUGUCACAGGAGGAGGGACGCAGCUCUCGGACCUCUGAACCCCUCUCUCCCCCUCUCUCUCUCUCUCUCUCGGACGUCCCGGGGGCUUCACUCGGCCGGGCUCACUACAGGCGUACUAAGAGUGGCUCACUAAGAGAGGCUCACCAAGAGAGAGGCUCACUUAAAGAGAGGCUGCACACUAAGUGAGGCUGCACACUAAGAGAGGCUGCACACUAAAGUGAGGCUGCAAAGAGAGGCUCACUCAGUGUACCAGACGAGCUCCGGGAAAAGGAGAAACGGUGUUUUCCCCCCUGCAUGCCUACAUUAGGAGUCCUCCUCCUCGGCAGGCCGUUGUGUUUCUGAGUUCUCCCCCGAGCAGGGCAGGCAGCUCGGAGACGUGGAGGAGAAGGAAGGACGGAGUGGGCGAUUCUCUCUGCUUUGCUGACUUUUCCCGAAGUCGGUGUGCUUCUCUUUUCCAAGUACUUUUCGGGGAUUUUUUCCGCGUGGCCGGGAUUUAAACCGAAAAACUAAAAACCGAGGAUUAUCACUGCUAAAAAAAGGGAUUCUAAGAGGUUCACCUUCGGCUGUCUCCGGAGUCUUUCCACGGAACACAGCAGAAGUCAGCAUGUAGCUCUGGAUUACGGAACCCAUUGGUCCGGCCUCCUCCUCCCCCCCUCGCCCCCCCCCCUCCCGCUGGACGUCUCUGGAAUGGGCCAGCGUUUUCCCAGAGUGCAUUUCUCCACCCGGUGGCGUGGCUGGCGCCGUGCGAGAGUGAGGAGGGCAGCGGCCAGGUCAUAGACCCCGCCCUCCCCUGGCCUCUCUCUCUCUCUCUCUCUCUCUCUCUCUCUCUCUCUCUCUCUCUCUCUCUCUCUCUCUCUCUCUCUCUCUCUCUCUCUCCCCCUUUCUCCCUUUCUCUCUCCCUCUCUCCUACACACACAAACACACACACAGACUCAAACUCUCACGUUCAUUGGUUCCCUCUCUCGAUUGACCCCUCGGUUGACCCCCUCGGUGACCGUCGCCACGACUACAAGCCCCCCCCCCUGAGACAUGCCCUUCCGCCUGAAGCUGCGGCGGCGCACGCGGCGCUACAACGUGCUGAGCAAGAACUCGUUCGUGACGGGGAUCCGCCUGCUGGACGGGAACGUGAUCGAGUGCACGCUGUCCGUGGAGAGCACGGGUCAGGAGUGUCUGGAGGCCGCGGCCCAGAGGCUGGAGCUCCGGGAGACGCACUACUUUGGGCUAUGGUUCCAAGGCAAGGCCCAGGCUCCGGCCCAGCGCUGGGUGGAGCUGGAGAAGCCCCUGAAGAAGCAGCUGGACAAGUUCGGCAACGAGCCGCUGCUGAUCUUCGGGGUGAUGUUCUACAUUCCCAAGGUGUCCCGGCUGCAGCAGGAGGCCACCAGUCAGAUGCAGCCCGCAGAGGCUGAGCUGCUGUACAUCAAAGAGGUGGAGAAGCUGGAUGGCUUCGGCCAGGAGAUCUUCGCCGCCAAGGACAACUACACCAACGACAUCUUCAUCGGGGUGUCCUUCAUCGGAGUGUUCGUCAAACACCGAAACGGAAGGUCCAUCAUGCUCCACAGAUGGAAGGACAUUGGUACAAUAGGGCACAACAAAACAGCAAUCACCGUGGAGAUAACCAGCAAAGACGACACCAUCACGUUUCACACGGACGAUAUGGAAAUGUCCAAGUACAUCGCUCGCUUGUUCAGCGCCAGACACAAGUUCUACAAACAGAACAACAUCCUCGCAGAGCCCGCCCACUCGCCUGCACCAAUCAGGAGACGGCCCACAUGGACCCACCGUCUCUCUCUGCAUCGACCACAGUCCUGCAACUUCCAGACCAUGCACCCUCAGUAUGGGGACCACUACCAGGACACACAGAGCUCUCAAGACAGCAUCUUCCACGACGACCCGUACUACAAGUCGGAGACCAGCCUGGACCACCAGGGAGACUACGGCUUCCGCAACGGGGGGGGCGGGGGCGGCGACAGCAGGGGGGGCGUGGUUCCCAACGGCAGCAUGUACAGCAGUCCAAGCCUGAGCUCCCUCAACCACUCCCAGACCUUCGUGCAGCCCUCGCCCAUCUCCUCCACGCUCAGCAUCCCGGGCAGCGAGCUGAUGCGGCCCGACUACAUCCCCAACCACCGCCACAGCACCAUCAUCGCGCCGUCCUACCGGCCCACGCCCGAGUACGAGGCCGUGAUGCGGCAGAAGCGCCGCAUGACGCCGACGCACCACGACCUCCACAGCCAGUCGCUGCGCAGCCUCAACAUCAGCAACGCCUACGCAUACCGCCAGCCCGAGGCGCUGGUGAACAGCCAGCCCGAGAUGAGGGAGCGGGGGCCCUACCCCGGCCUAGGGGCCCCCAGCCCGGGCCCCUACGGACCCCAGAUCAGCUACAGUAAGCCGGUGUGUCACGGGCCCCACCAGGGGGGGCCAGCGAGCAGCCAGGGCCAGCCCGCCUUCAUGAACGGCAUGGGGGGGGGAGGAGGGGGAGGCGGCGGGGGAGGGGAGUGCGGUGGCGGCGGCGGUGGCGGCGGCGGCGGCGGCGGCGGCGGCGGGGGGGGCUCCAUCUCCCACACGGUCAGCACGCCGGAGCUGGCCAACACCAAACAGCAGCACGGGGGCGUGGCCGCCGGCGUCUACGCCGCCACCGCCAACAUGCUGCGCAAGCACAUGUCCCGCCCGCCGCCGCCGUACCCCUCGGGCUCCUUCCGGCCCGCCACCAGCACCCCCGACCUGGCCAGCCACCGGCACCGCUGCAUGGGCGGCAGCAGCCCCGAGCUGGUGACGCGCAUGGUGCAGCUGUCGGUGAAGACCUUCCAGCCCGACAGCUCGGCCGUGGUGCACCAGUCGCUGCAGGAGGUGAGCGAGCCGCUGACCACCACCGCCGCCAAGCAGCGCUCGGCGCUGGCCAAGAGACACAGCAUGGAGGUGAUCAGCAGCAUGAGGCCGGGCGGCGGCGGCGGCGGCGGCGGCGGCGGCGGCGGCGGCGGCGGCGGCGGCAUGGAGGGCAUGCUGAUGAAGGGCAUGACCGCCCAGCUGCACCGCAGGAACACCCUCAGGGAGCAGGUCAUGCAUCCCCCCCAGCAGCAGCAGCAGCAGCCGCCGCCGCCGUCCCAGUCCUCCCAGUCCCAGUCCUCCCAGUCCCAGGCCUCCCAGCCCUCCCAGCCGCAGCAGAAGGCCAUGCAGGCGCCCGUCCAGAAGGCCACGGAGCCCCCGCCGGGGGUCCCGGCGGCCUACCAGCACCAGAAGACCCUCUCCAACGCCACCAUGCUGAUCCACAGCAGCGAGAGCGAGGAGGAGGAGGAGGAGGAGCUGGACGUCCAGAUCCCGGGGGACCACGUGAGCAUCAGCGCCCAGCUGCAGGCCGCGCUGGCCAACCUGCCCAACAAGCCCCCGCCCGAGUACCCCGGCCCCCCGCGGACCCCCAGCGGCGGGCCCCAGAUGCGGAGCCACGCCCCCCACCACCACGGCCACGCCCCCCCCCACCACCAACACAACCACAAGCAGGGGCCGCAGAACAACCAGGGGCCCUCGGACCACCAGGGUCACGCCCAUGCCCAGGCCCAGGGCCGGGGGUCGGGCGCGGGGCAGAGGGGGGCGGAGAGCGGGGGGGGGUCCGGAGGGGGCGGCGGCGCCGGGGGGACGCUGGGCUGGGGGGGGGAGGCGGGGAUGAACGGGGGGGGUCUGGGCCCCUCCAUCUCGGAGCCGGACCUGACCAGCGUGAAGGAGCGCGUGAGGAAGGAGCCCGUGAAGGAGCGGCCCGUCUCCGAGAUGUUCUCCCUGGAGGACAGCAUCGUGGAGCGGGAGAUCGCCCAGCGGACCCUGGAGAGACAGAGGAUGUCGGUGGACUCCAUGAAGAGACCCCUGAUGAUGGCCGCCCUGAACGGCCUCUACAUGGCCCGCAUGCCGGUCCCCGAGAGCCCGGCCGAGGACAGCGCCAAGACCGCCACCGACGAACGGUGCAAGGCCCUGGAGCAGAAGCUGGAGGAGGAGCGGGUGUUCACCGAGUACGAGCAGGUGCCCAAGCGGCGGGCGGAGGGCGGGCCGGCCACCGCCACGCUGGCCGACAACAGCGAGCGCAACCGCUUCCGGGACGUGGUCCCAUACGAGGAGAACCGCGUGGAGCUGGUGCCCAACAAGGAGAACAACACGGGCUACAUCAACGCCUCGCACGUCAAGGUGACCAUCAGCGGUGAGGAGUGGCACUACAUCGCCACCCAGGGGCCGCUCGCCAACACCUGCGCCGACUUCUGGCAGAUGGUCUGGGAGCAGGGUGUCAACGUCAUCGCCAUGGUGACCGGCGAGGAGGAAGGGGGCCGGUCCAAGAGCCAUCGCUAUUGGCCCAAGCUGGGCUCCAAGCACAACUCGGCCACCCACGGGAAGUUCAAGGUCACCACGAAGUUCCGCACCGACUCCGGUUGCUACGCCACCACGGGGUUAAAGGUCAAGCACCUCCUGUCGGGCCAGGAGCGGACCGUCUGGCACCUGCAGUACACCGACUGGCCCGAGCACGGCUGUCCCGAAUACGUCCAGGGGUUCAUCUCCUACCUGGAGGAGAUCCAGUCGGUGCGACGCCACACCAACUCCAUGCUGGACACCUCCAAGAGCCUGAACCCCCCGGUGGUCGUGCACUGCAGCGCGGGCGUGGGCCGCAGCGGCGUGGUCAUCCUCACCGAGCUCAUGAUCAGCUGCCUGGAGCACAACCAGGGUGUGGAGGUCCCCACCAUGCUGUCUGGCCUCCGGCAGCAGAGGAUGCUGAUGGUCCAGACCAUCGCCCAGUACCAGUUUGUCUACCAGGUGCUCAUCCAGUUCCUCAAGAACUCCCGCCUCAUCUGAACCAACGAACCCGUGAUGUCAUGUGUGACCGUCGACCCUUACCAGAAAAAACUCCUUUUCGGUUUGGGUUUAUUUAAUAUCGGUUAUAUUUAGAUUGACGGACACGUUCAAAUGUUGGGCAUUAACGUUGGGCAGGUUAAGAAGGAGAGGCUCUGCGUUGGUCUGUCUAGAUAACAGGGCUCUACCUGUGUGGUGCUGUACACGUCUGUGAUUCUCCUUCCUUCGCUCUAAUGUUAGGCGUGCUGGUGUAGUACCCUCCCCCGCCAACAGGAGGAGCCUGCGGGUCGUUGAAAGAGAGUAGAGAAACACCGCAAGGCAGAGAGACGUUAAACAAAAAUUAAGGUUUAACGACGUUAUAGUAAUUGCAUUCCAGGAAAUACAAUUGAUGACAUAAUUUAUUUAGUACAAUAUGAUUUUUAGGAACAAAGUCCCCCGUUUCAGAUAUAACAAAUCAUGUGUCAAGUUACAUAAUCCACGAUGAGCUGUAACUACACACAGAUGGUUAAACAAAUUAUGGAAUCAAUUAGGUAUCAAUAUUUAACAGGUUAUUGGUUCAAGUCUCAACAUUUCAUGACGUUUCAAUUCUACCGUUAUUUAUUAUCUUUCGAAGCAUCAUUUCAAGAAUAAUUUCAUAAUUUCACCUUAACCGAUGCUAUAACUUUUUAGUCUUGCUUGCGCACCGUUUUAAUUUGAAUAGUGUGUCUUUUUAAUAUUAAUAACUCUUAAUUUACAUCAGACUUACUGUAUUCUCAUUAAGAAUUUGUUAGCUAAAUGUGUACAAUACAAUUCCCUCACACAUACACACACACAAACGUAACAACAUACCACACAUCCAUGUUAUUUAUCUAACUUAAAAGAAAAGAACUUAUGAACUUAUCUUAAACCUCUUUGUUCAUCGAGUUCAACAUUAGCAAAGUCAACAACAUUAAGUAACAAUGGUAGAUGUUGUUGUAGUUUGGUCUAUGGAGAGCCAGAUCGCCAUGGAGACAACGUUGCUCCGAUGACAAAGAAACGGCUCCAAAAUGGAGGGGACGGUUUCUUUGUCUGUUUAACACUGUUUGUGCCUUAUUGACAUUUCUAAAACAAAAGAGAGGGAGUCACUUACUGGUAUUCCUUGUAGCUUAGUUGUAAAAACGACCAAUGUUAGUACUAAAACCCCCAGUGUUUGACACACUAUGCGUUCAGUUCUGUAGACAAAAUCAUAACAUUUCACCAUGGACUCUAUGGUUUUUCAGUUACUUGACCUGGCUUCUAACCAUUGCCUCCUUUCUGAUGAAGUCUAUGGUAGAAAGCCAGGGAAUUGUAUUCAUUUAGGUCAUCAAGGCGGCCAUUUGUAUUUUUGCUACCAACACCAGCGUUGUGUCAGAAAAAGGGGGCCAUUUCCUAGAGCGACUGAUUGGUUCAAAGCCACAAAGUAUAGCGUAACCACGUGCCGAAAUCUGUAUACAAAAUAGCCACACUCAGUAGCAGUUCAUUAUGUACGACUGGCUCUAUUAACCGGUUGUAUUCUUUUCAAACGUAAUGCAAAGCCAGCCAUGUCCAAAGUAUCUCUGUACAUAAUGGACGUGAAAAAAAAAGAUUUCUACGAAUGUCUUUUUAUUACUUUUGUUAUUAUUUUUCGACUUGGUACCCCUAAGCUACCGUAAGAUAAUAAUAUACUAUGCAUGCUUUUUUUUAUAUUCCCUGUAUAUAAAGUAUCCUUCAUCAGAUCAGUACCGGCUUCAAGCUUCACGGCUGAACUCUUUGCGACAAUAUUUCUCACCCACUGCAUUCCACUUGUUUUGUUUAUUUUCACACAAUAUUUUGGCAAAAUAUCUGGACGGCUUUCAAAAAUGGUAUUGUGUAAAUAUGUUUUGUAUAUGCUUUUUUUUAUUGCAUUAUUGCAUAUUGUAUAUGUCUUUUCUCCCUUUCCCCCCCCUUCCAAUCAUGUACAAGCUUUCAAACUUGCCCAUAAUACAAUAAAGCCUUAUUUUCUCUAAGUA